GGGCGCUGCUGCUCCAGGCCAGAUGAUCCUCAAGUAAACAGAGAAGUGAGCGUGUGGAACUCUCAGAAAGUCACUGUUUUCGACACCGGUUUUGCACGAUGUCGCUCCCAAGUUUGGCCACCGUCUUUGCUAGGCAGCUGCGGUCACUGGCCGCAGCCUCCAAGAUGGUCCACCACCGCAGCAGCAGCAGCAGCAACAGCGGGAAAUUCACCGACCGAUUUCAGAAAGACUUAAAAACCUCCUUCAGCUUGACGGACAGGGAGGGUUUGGACGAGCGGAACCGACCGCCUCACGAGACGGACGUUCUCAUCAUCGGGGGCGGGGUCGUGGGGUCCAGCAUCGCCUACCACUUGAAGAGGGAUGCGGAGGCGGGGCUUAACGUGACGGUUGUCGAGCGAGACUGCAUGUACACAAGAGCAUCGACAACUCUCUCCGUGGGGGGCAUCCGGCAGCAAUUCUCAAUUCCUGCCAACGUGGAAAUGUCGAUGUACAGUGUGGAGUUUAUUAAGACUAUAAAGGAGCAUCUCUGUGUGGACGAUGCAGACCCCCCGGACGUCCAGUUCAAUCAAGGAGGUUACCUCAUCCUCGCUACGGAGAAAGGAGUCGACCAGAUGCGGGAAAAUCACAAAAUACAAAAAGAGUGCGGUGCGAUGGUCAACCUUAUGACAGCGAAACAGUUGAAGAGCAAAUUCCCCUGGAUAAACACCGAAGGCAUAGCGCUCGCAUCCUACGGAUACGACAAUGAGGGCUGGUUUGAUCCCUGGUCACUUUUGAAGGCUUUCAAGGAGAAGGCACUCUCUCUUGGAGCACAGUACAUCCAUGGAGAGGUGACGGGAUUUGACAUCUCCAAGGUACCCCGGGCAGGGGCGGAGAUGGCUUACUACACCGGGAGUGGGCGGAGAGUCAAAACAGUCAAGGUACGGCUGCCUAACAGCCCCGAAACGAUCCCCAUCAAGUGCUCCAUGGUGGUCAUAGCUGCCGGACCCUGGUCCGGGGAAGUGGCCGAGCUCUUGGACAUCGGCAAAGGCUCCGAGGAGGAUCUCUUGCACCGGUGCCUCCCCGUCUGCCCCCGGAAACGCUACGUCUACAUGUUUCACGCUCCGGAUGGGCCGGGCCUGGAUUGCCCCUUGUUUGUCGAUCCCGUGGGCUUUUAUUGCAGGAGGGAAGGGUUCGGCGGGAACUACUUGUGCGGCCGUGGUCCGGAAGGAGAGGAGGACGAGCCCAACACAGACAACUUGCAAGUCGAUUAUGACUUCUUUGAAACGAACAUUUGGCCACAUCUGGCCCACAGAGUUCCUGCAUUUGAAAAUCUGAAGAUCAAAAGUGCCUGGGCCGGUUUCUACGACUACAACACCCUGGACCAGAACGCCAUUAUCGGCAACCAUCCGGCGUACCCCAACCUGUACAUGGCCACGGGAUUCAGCGGGCACGGAAUUCAACAGUCGCCCGCUGUCGGGCUGGCAAUCAGCGACUUGAUCCUGCAGGGGAAGUUCUGCACGCUGGAUCUGUCCGACUUCAGCUUUGACCGCGUCAUGCAGAACGAACCCUUCAAAGAGAAGUGCAUCUAUUGAAGUACGGAGGCGAGGAGGGGCGGUUUGGGUAGGAGUGGUUGCUUUUUUGGGGGGGGGGGGAUGGGCAUGGGAGGUGGUAAGACAAAGGGAAAGUGGAAGAUAAUGACCUAAUUGGGGUUGAUGGCAUAGCAACCGGACCACACACCAGCAGAAGCCCUUUUCACACUAGAGCCUCUUAACCUUGGGUGAACCCAGUGCCGCUACGGGUUGAGUUU